AUGCGUUCAUACAUCGUCGUGUUGAAUUCUGAUUUGCAAAUUUUAGCGUGUCCGUCAUUGAGCAUCCAACGUCUAGGUUUGGAGUUAAGCCAAGUAGCGCGUGAUGCGUAUGUUUUAUUUCCAUUUCCAGACCCACUCCGGUCGCUGAAUAAUUUGCUACAUCAAUGCUGGUCCGAUUUUUCGCAAAUUUUUGCAGCCGAAAGUCCAUUUGAGGGUGGCACAAAGGAAAACCCUGCAAACAAUGAAAUUUACGUGCUUUUAACGGACCGUCUUAAUGCUCUCGUGGUGCUCAGUCCCCAAGUUUUUCUUCGGCUUGGAAAUGCAGCCACCUUGCGGCAGCCAACCCUCAUGGCUGUCUACCGUAUACUUUCUUUGGCGCUCUGGUCCUGCCAACGGGCGAUCCGCUGCGCAGGUCUGCGCUGCCUGCGCUACUACGUCCGGACUAGUGAGGAUGUGGAUGUGUUCCUGGCCAAUCGCUUGGAUCUCUUCAUAACCAGAUGCCUUGAUCUCUCUUACAUGGAGGAACUACUAUCAAUUCUGUCAAUCAUAAAUGGAGACUCAUGCAGUGAUGAGCGGGCCGAAAUGCAACAGGACAUACGGCGCCUUGGCGGUCCCUAUCAAAGGCUCCUUGACGGCUCUAAGCGCCCCGUUGGAAACAUUGGCUUCCAACGACCAUUUCAUGAAGCACCGCGUACCGCAGCGACGGACACGACGGAACGGUUAGCUGUAAUUCGCCUGGCCUUUCAUCUCCUCCGACUCUCCGUCCGUGCCUUUUCACCUGACCUUGUUCAUGGAUUAGCUGCUGCCUCCACCUUGACGCCGGCAGCUGUUGCUCAUCCUUCAGAGCUCAAUCUCAACAGGGAGGUGGGUGGAGAGGCGCCCCUCCCCUUCUCACACCUUUCCUCUCAAAUCAACGCCAACCGGGAUGGAGACGUUUGUCUUCGGAGCUACCUUCUCUUACUCACCGAAUUCGUAAUGCGAAGCUCUGAAACCCAUAUGAGGCGCUGUGGCGAAAGGUCGGGUCCUCCGAUUUCGGCCGCCCCCUGUUGCUGCCCGCUCGAAGUGGCUGUCAAGUCGUUAUUGAGCGCUCUGCCCUGUUGUGGAGAGCCAGGUGAGGUGUACAAACAUUCCGCCCAAAUCUUUGAAACAAUUCUCCUCGCUCUCCUUCGUCUCUCCGCAGAAAGUCAAUACGGUCGGCAAGUUGUCGAUUCUUGGGUCUUUCAGGUGAAAAUUGUUUUAAUCUCCAUUUUAAAAUGCGUCUCUCCUUUCCUGGUCACCUACCCCUUAGUCACCAUUCCAAGGUCUCCUUAUGACUCGUACGUGGCCUUUUUGGUUGUUUAUGGGUCAUCCUCUCCAAUGAAUAGGAACCCCUCCUUUGUUGCCGCCACAAGGGAUUCUCUUGUAUUUGUUCUUCGUUCCUGGUCAGGUUUAUUUUAUUUUCUCCGCGAGGGAAGAUCGUGUCUCCAUACCCUCACUCAAUCUCUUCUUCUUGGUUCUUCAAAACUUCGAGCUUUGGUGCUCAAUGUAUUAUACAAUCUCUUUCCUGGUGUUCCUGCCCCCACCCUCACAAGUCCAGCCGACGAUACAGCUAAUGCAAUAGCUGGUGGUCUUUCCUUGGCCCUUUACACAGCUCUACCCUAUCCCCCGGCUUCCCAUCAUCAAGAGGGAAGGCAACAGCAACAGCAGUCGUCCUUUCCUUACCUGGACGGGGACUUUGUUGUGGAAGAGGGCCUCCGUCUCUUCCCUCUUGUCCAGUCUGCUGGCACGGACAUUCUAGAAGCGCAUUCUGCUCUCCUCCUAUGCUCUUUCGCCCAAGCUGGUCUUUUUGAGGCGUUGAUUGCUGCUGUGGAUGACACUUCACUUUACGUAUCAGCUGCUGCGGGUCAACUUUUGGGCAUGCUUUCAUUUCGGGCUAAUUCUCAACUCCACCCGGAUUCUCUUUGUAUGGAGCGUCUAACGAAUAUUCCUCUCCUGCGAGACAAGUUCCGUGCCGUGGACUUCUUGGACAGGGUUCACCAGAUUCUGAUGGAGCGUCAUCUGGCUGGCACCCGUCCAAUUCUCUCUGCGCCACUCAUUUCACCCUUCCUGGAGUGUCUCUCCCGACAACAGCGAGCUCCGACCGCCCUUACGCCGCCGUCGAUGCAAACUUCUGCCGGUAUUAAAGGCACAGACACUGGUGUCUUUUCACCGACACAAAAAACCUCUGUCCUUCAGCCCACGGACAGCCUUCUCGAGGCGGUGAUCGCCUCCAGCGGCGUUUGCGCCUCCCCUACAACCAACACCGCUACGGUUCAGCCUCUUAGUGGAGGCCCCUUAACGACCACCUCAACACUGGGUAAGAGUGUCUCCUUCUCCCAUUCUUCCGUUCUCGGCACCCCCGGUGCAACUCCCGUUCUCUCCUCUCCUUAUGAGUGGGAUUGGGGCGUUCUCGCUUCAUGGGCCCGCAAACUCUCCUUUGCUCCUGGCCUUUUCUCUUGGAAGGAUCAGAAGAGUCAGAUCUUCCUGACGCGUCUUAUCGACUUCAUCACACCUAACCUAGAGGUGCUCUCUUUGUCGUUGGAAGUGGCGUAUCCUACCGGGGCGCCGCCACUCUAUCCCCUCCUUUCAAAGUCUGUGAACAACCAAGAAGAUGCCUUUCCCUUGUCACCGGCAUACCUGCGUCUGUUAGGUCGACGGAGUGCUGAUGACAGUUCUGCUUUUUCUCCAAACUCAGGUGUCAUUCCCAGUCUUCCCUGGACAAGUCGCAAUUGGCCUCAGGCUUGGGCUGCCGCUACUCUACUUUCCGGUUUGCUGCCUCAUUUAUCACUUUAUCCGCCCGACAGCUUCCCGGGUAUGCAAUUGCGCCGUUUCCUCACUUCCGUGCAUACCUGCCUGGCGGCAGCAGCUACACCGAGCGCAUCUCCUAUGACUUGCACCCACCUGCUCUUUCAACCUAGCCACCUCCGUGAACACUGCUCCUCCCUUCUCCUCUUCGGUCUCGGUCGUCUGUUUUCAUGCGAGGCCGGCUCCUCCCUGCUUCACGCCAUGGAGAUUCCUGAUCUUCUCACCCUUAUCGUUGGUGGUAGUGCUGGUGGACAGGAGCUGCAGGCUCUGAAGUUCUCAAAUGCUCUAAAAAACCUCCGCAAGCAGCGCCUUCUUUGCGCCAAAUUUCUCCUCCCCUCGAUGACCUACACAGGCAGCGGCUUUGGACGCAGCCUCCUUGUCACUGUCUGCGCCUCGGGUCACACCGCACUGCGUCUCUUUGGCGCUAAAUUUAUCCGCCUCCUUCUCCGAUUCAAUAUUCCCUCCACGGCGUCUUGGCUUGUCCCCCUAUUGCUCAAUUUGUCUUGUGAUCGGAGUCCAAAGGAAGCAUGUCUUAACCCGACAUAUCUCCAGGCCCUACUCGACUACAUGCAGACGGGGGAUGGGUUUGCCGACAAGCGGUGCUGCGCGGCCUUCCCCAGCCCCCUGUUACGACUUUUGUCCAUUGGCAGCCUACCCAGUCAACGCGUUAUCGCCUGUCUUCUCGCUAAGUCAGCGUGGAUGCUUAAGGUCGUCUCUACCCCGAAACCGGUCGCUUCAAUGCCCCCACUCGCAGUAUAUCCGGGUGGGGGAAUCGAUGGAACACUAUUAGAGGGUAUUUUACGUGCAUGGAUGGAGAUAUACAACGAGCAAUUUGCGGAGAACAUUGAGAAUCGUCUUAUGAAUUGCUUUCGUUUGCCGUUUUUGCAAAACUAUAAUGAAUCGGUCACCUCCGACCUUUGUCCGAAAUUUCUCCAGCGUUGCCCAUCCUGCAACCAUCCCCUCGGUAGUGAUCAAGAGGUUGACAAAAAAGUUACUGGGGCUGAAGAGGAGAUCGAGGAAGAGGAUCUCUUCCUCGAUCGUCAAAGCAACCGUGUAUUCAGUCACUUUGAUGAGGUUGCAGGGGUGGAGGUAAAGCUGGGGACCGAGGAGGAUGGGAAGGAGAGUGAAGUGACUUUCGAUUUUUCACCAGUGGCUGUUCAAUUCUUCUAUCGUCACAACGGUUCUCUCUUUGUCCCACUACAUCUUUUCUACUGCCUGGCGCUUCAAGAGACCGGAUUCAGAGUGCUUAGGGACAAUGGCUAUCUGGCGACUCUUGCCGAUACCCUGUCUCAGAGCUGUCACUCCGUUACUGACAGCGAUGGUGGAAGUCGGCAGGACGCGACACACAUUAAGGCAGCAAUCUGGGCUCUGGUCAGUAUCCUCGUCACUCCGUAUGGCUCUCGGUGGGUACGGGCUUCAUCCGUGCUCCAAGAUAUCUUUUGGCUCAUUGCCAAUGCUGAUUCGCUUUCUGUUCGUGGAACUGCCUGGUUAGGAGUGUGUUUUGUAUCCUCCUCAGUACAUGGAGGCAACCUUUUGCGUCCAUGGAUGGUUGGAGGCGGAGGGAAAGGCGGAACGAAUACAGAGGUGAAGAUGAUGACCGAGGGCGUUUGGCUGCUGAGCACAACGGACCGUGAUGCCCACAUGUGGCCCCUACGCGAGCGUCGCGUUCUUCACCUCAAUUCACAGGCCUCCGAGAGAGUUGUGGAGGCUUCCUUUGCUUCUCCUACAUCUCCAUCAAUGAACAGGAUCUCUUAUCCCGGUCAUGGAAGGUCUUCUACGUCCUUCAGUGAGUUUUUGCCUUUUCUAGAAACAGGUACAUAUCAACGGAACGCCCACUCAAGCAUCUUCUCUUUGGGUUGCUUUUACGAUCCUGCGGAUUCUAAUCUCAUAACCGCCCCCACUACUGCUGACACUGUUGUAGCAUCAGCAGUCACUGCUUCGCCAUCCGUACACUCUCCGUCCUCCGCUUCCAUGACAGAGGGCAAGGCGACACGUCCAUUGGAUCAUUUCCUACGUCCAGUGCGGUGGAUUGCUCGACGUGCCGUUCAUUCAUUCCGUGGACAGCGUGGUGGAGGUGGACGUGGCGUCGCUUCAGAUCUGUCUACUGAUCAUCUCAAUGGCGAUGAAUCGGCAACGGUGGCGACGGUUGGGGAGGGUAGGGAGAGGACAGUCUCUGCUACCUCGGCAAACUCCGGUCAUGCUGUCGGUGAUGGUAUCUCCACCAUGGUUCAGUCACUCUCUAGCCCCGACUGGUUUCACUCCACGCAUACCUCCGAUUCUGCCACUCUCUCUGGAGUCACUGAAAAUGGCUUCAUUACAAGCAUUUAUCAUUUCCUACCAUUUGGUGGAUCCUCUUCUAUUCUUUGGGUUUCUUUUUCAUCACUCAUUUGUGGCUGUUUUUGUAGCGAUUCUAAAUCUGCAAGUGCCUCGCCUAUUGGUACACCUGUGGUGACCGCGAACAGCCCUCACUUUGGGCUAACUGACAUUUUUGUCUUUCGCGGCCUCUUUCUCCCCGCCGAUGUGAGCAUCCUCGGCAAAAAUUUCUUCUCUUGUUCACCCACUUCACAUCGCAGAACAAUUGCGCAUCCCUUCAACGGGCAAGUCUCUCCUCAUAUCUUUGCUGUUUUUCAUCUGGUGAGUCUUCCAUUUGAUGUCUGCCUCUCUUUUGUGCCAAUUCGUCCUAUUCUUAGCUCUGAUGAAGCAAGCCAAACAAAGAAGGACAUCACCGAUGGCAGAUCCGUUGAUGGUGAUGGGGAUAAGAAGCCAGAAGGAGCGCUAUUUGAUUGUAUUAAGAAGCUUUGCAUUUCUGAGGCCUGUCGGCGUGGCAAUUCUCCUUGUCCUAAACUGGCCGAAGACGCUGAGGUGGAGUCGUGGCGCCGUGAGGUGGUUGAAGAAGUAAAGAACCUUAUGAACAGUCUUUUACUCGGACGAGUUUGCACCAACCUCCUCGCCCUUUCGCAUCGCGCCUCCACCGGCAUCCUUCGUGAUGGCCGUCGUCGGGAUUUUGCCUCUGCUUGUCUACAUACUGAAGUUGCCCAAAUUCUCUUUAGCUAUCGAUAUUCUCGUCUUGCUCGCACUCUUGUCCAGGUCUUCCUCGGCCAGUUUCCCCCUUCCAAUGAGGUUUGUUCCGAUCUAUCCUGUUGA